GAGAGAGGGGGUGAGAAACCUAACGAAACCGCAACCUUCUACCGUGGAAACUGCAGUUUUAUUUGAAAACCCCACGAUUGUUACAUUAUUUAUAUACACACAACGUGACUGGUUUGAAAAACAUCGUAAUUUAACCCAAGGUAUCUGUGCCAAGUGUAUUAGAGACCCAUAUCUAAUUAAACUAGCAAUGGCGUUGAAAAGAAUUCAAAAGGAACUGACAGAUUUGCAGAGGGAUCCACCUGCACAGUGCUCAGCGGGACCAGUUGGAGAUGAUUUGUUUCACUGGCAGGCAACAAUAAUGGGUCCGAAUGACAGUCCUUAUCAGGGAGGAGUGUUCUUCUUGACUAUUCACUUCCCUACAGAUUACCCCUUCAAACCACCAAAGGUUGCGUUCACGACAAAGAUCUACCACCCUAAUAUCAACAGCAAUGGAAGUAUUUGUCUGGAUAUAUUGAGAUCGCAAUGGUCGCCUGCACUCACUGUAUCAAAAGUUCUCUUGUCAAUCUGCUCUCUGCUUUGCGAUCCGAACCCAGAUGACCCGCUUGUACCAGAGAUUGCACACACCUACAAAGCUGACAGGGAAAAGUACAACAGACUAGCAAGAGAAUGGACACAGAAGUAUGCAAUGUGAAAAUGCCUGUUAAAUUAAAACACUAAAAGAAGAAAAUAAACAUGUUUAAUAUUUACCCAAGGCAAACGAACAAGAGGGGAAACAUAACUAGACACUCGGGUUGGAGAAGGAAGCGAUAAAAUAAGGGACAGUGCAACCUGGCUGCUAAGUGCUGAGCUGCUGCCAUGUGCUGUUUUUCAUGACUUGUAUGGAUCUGCUGAGGAACUCCUGAAAGCACUCCCUUAUGGAAUACUGGAACCUCAUGGUCCAGACCACCACACCCAGACUUUAACUAUUACUACUUCUAUUGUGACUAUUAUUCUCAGUGUUACUAUUCAUACUCUUAUUAUUAUGAUCACUGUUAUUAUCAUAAUGAUUGUGUUAUUCUACUGAAUGCUGAAACAUUGGGUUUGAAUUUGGAGGGGACUAGUUGGCGGCUUGGUUCUCCCUCCUUUCAAAGGUACUUUCUUUGUCCCUCUGGAUGUCUUGUGUUCAUGUAUUCAGUGGCCUUGCUGUAUUAUUGUAAUAACCUCUUCUCAGAUGUUAGCUGUGAAAUUGAGGUGGAGUGCUCAGCACAAAGGUGCAUGUCUAUAUCCAGCAGCGGGGUUCUAUUGCCCACAAAGUCUUGAAAGACAGUCUCUGGUUGGUCUCAAACCCAGACGUGAUGUAAGACAAGUAAUUUUGCUUCCCCCUGAGCCAAUUUUGUUUUCACUCAAUGCAUUUGGAAAUGUCCCAAAUGCAGUGACAGAUGGUCUUUGAAGAGCCUGGAGAGAGGUGCUAUCAAGGUGAGCUGGACUGUAUCUGUGCUCAUGGGAAAGCGACCAGGGAAAAAGUUCUGAAACUGCCACUACUUUUCUCACUUGUCAUCGAUGUCCCCUUUUCUUGUCCUAGAUCUAUCCAGGGCUAGCAUCUUGCCAUUUAACAUCCAAUUGUAAAGACACUUAAACUCUGGUAAAGCUAAUCUCUGAGAUUAACUCCUCCCAGCCAUACAAUGCCACUUUCUAAAUACAGUAGCUCAGGUAUAUAUCCAACUCACCUGUCUGUGAAAGGGCACUGUAGUGACCUGUGGUGUGAGAAAUGAUCAGACCUGUUUUGCACAGUGAGUUACUGCUUUAAUCCAGAAAUUGUGUUUUGAAACAUCUGACAUGGGUCAUUCAUUAGCUUUCCCCUUCUCAAUUUAUCACAUUGUUUUACUGUACAACACUAUGAUGUGAAUGUUUUCAAACAGGUUUUGUUAAUGCUUGGAGAAACACUGCACAUGCUAAUGCUUUGGAUAUGCCAUUGGUUAAAACUGGAGUAUUUUAAUUAUUUUUUUCUCUCCAUUAGAUGGGAGCUUAAAGACUUACUUUAAUGACAAACUGUGGCAGAUUUAUGAAUAAACAUUUAGUUUCGUUUUUUGUUUGACUAAAUUCAGAUGUAUUUGUCAUCAUGGUUUAUUGUGAAGUUUCACAAAUGUUUCCUGUGCCUUUUACAUCUUACAUUGUAACAUAAGCUGUAACAUGAGCUCUAACCUGGAUCUUGGCAGCUGCAUAUUUGUUUUAGCAGAUGUCUUGAGAUUUUGUUCUCAUCAUUGGAACUUUACUUUCGCUUUAUUUUUCCAGAGGAUCUGCAACAGUGUACAUGUGUAAUGCAUUAGUAACCUAGUAUUCUGCAAGCUUGAUUGUAGUUAUGCCAUUAGUAAUAUCAAAUUUAACGUCAACAUAAUCCUGUGCAGGUGCUGGAUUAUUUAGACUGCAUCUGUCUUGAGCCAUAGAUUAUUUUUAACCAAAGUAUAACUGUCUGUUGCAGUGGAAAGUGAAUAAAAAGUAUCGGGGGUAGGGAGUAUAAGA